UUCCCGGGCCCCGCGCCCCACCGGGGCCAGGCAGGACGCGCCGCCUCCUCCCGAGCCCGGGAAGCGCUCGGGCGAAGAGGAGGAGCCAGGCGCACCGAGCGGGUGGACUCGGGAGCCCGGGAGCGGUGGAGGCGGAUUUCCUGGGCGCGGCUCUCUGGGGCUACCAUGGCGUUUGGGAAGAGUCACCGCGAUCCCUACGCAACCUCCGUGGGUCACCUCAUAGAAAAGGCUACAUUUGCUGGAGCUCAGACUGAAGACUGGGGCCAGUUCAUGCACAUCUGUGACAUAAUUAACUCUGCCCACGAUGGGCCAAAAGAUGCAGUAAAAGCUUUGAAGAAAAGAAUUUCCAAAAACUACAAUCAUAAAGAAAUCCAACUUACCUUGUCACUUAUUGACAUGUGCAUACAGAAUUGUGGUCCAAGUUUCCAAUCUUUGAUUGUGAAGAAGGAGUUUGUUAAAGAUGGUCUAGUUAAGCUGCUGAAUCCCAGAUACACCUUGCCAUUAGACAUUCAGAAUAAAAUCCUGAAUUUCAUUAAGACUUGGUCACAGGGCUUCCCAGGGGGUGUGGACGUAAGUGAAGUAAAAGAAGUGUACCUUGACCUGCUUAAGAAAGGCAUUCAGUUUCCUCCUUCAGAUGCAGAGGGUGAAACAGCAAGAAAAGAGACUGCUCAUGUAUCUAAUCCACCAACAUCUGUUCCUACUGCACCGGCUCUUUCUUCUAUAAUUGCUCCCAAGAACUCAACCAUUACGUUGGUCCCAGAACAGAUUGGAAAAUUGCACAGUGAAUUGGAUAUGGUGAAAAUGAAUGUGAGAAUGAUGUCCACCAUAUUAAUGGAGAAUACUCCUGAUUCUCAAAACCAUGAAGACAUAGAACUUCUGCAGAAACUUUAUAAGACAGGUCGGGAGAUGCAGGAGAGGAUCAUGGACCUCCUGGUGGUGGUAGAAAAUGAAGAUGUAACCGUUGAACUACUUCAAGUGAAUGAGGAUUUGAAUAAUGCCCUUCUUUGAUAUGAGAAGUUUACUAGAAACCAACAAAGGAUUUUGGAGCAAAAUAAGAACGGGGAGGAAGCCACCAAUACUUCCAGUGAGCCUUCUGCCCCAUCCUGUGAUCUCCUUGACCUAAGUCCCGGUCCCCCAACUCCUCGGGCCACUCUGCGAGGAAUCAGUGCCAUAAACGCUCAGCUUCCAGACUUAAAUUUCAGCACUCCAAGUCCUGUAGUAAAAAACAACUCAAAACCCAUUCUUCAUCCAGUCGUGGAUUUGCUAGCCUCUGAAAAUACAGAAACAUCCCUUUUCCAGAAUAUUCCAAUUCAGUAGUACUACAGCCAGUUAGCCUAGGGACCAUCUCAGCAACACCAUCAGACCAGAGGCUGCCACCCUUGCCCAGCAAUCAUCCAGCAAUGAGCAAAAAUGAUCUUCAGCCACCCAAUUACUACGAAAUAAUGGAGUUUGAUCCCUUAGCUCCCACUGUCACCACAGAAGCUGUUUAUGAAGAAAUUGAUGUUCAUCACCACAGAGGAACUCAAAAUCAUACUAAUUGUGGAGGUGAAGGUGGACAACCAGCUCCCUAGUGCCAGCUCUCAAAGGCUAGACCCUGUCCAGCUUUGAGGCCUGGGACACAAGAGCUACCAACACAUCAAAGCCAUGGUGAAUACUGGAAUAUUUCUCCUCUGCAAUAUUUUAAAGAGUUAACAGUCCCAGGGUAGCAUUGUGGUUCCCGACAACAGCUCAAGAUUUGUCUCAAAAGACCUGGUUUAUGACACGUAGUUACUUAAAACUUCAGCAGGAGAAAAAUAUUUUGUUCUUAGGCCUCCAGUUUAAUUACAAUGCAUAUGUU